GCAGAAACCCAGAGGUGUGAGCUGGGAAGCCGGGCCAUGUCAGGAAGCCAACUGUGGGCUGCUGUACUCCUGCUGCUGGUGCUGCAGAGUGCCCAGGGUGUCUACAUCAAGUACCAUGGCUUCCAAGUCCAGCUAGAAUCGGUGAAGAAGCUGAAUGAGUUGGAAGAGAAGCAGAUGUCCGAUCCCCAGCAGCAGAAAAGUGGCCUCCUCCCCGAUGUGUGCUACAACCCCGCCUUGCCCCUGGACCUCCAGCCUGUUUGUGCAUCCCAGGAAGCUGCCAGCACCUUCAAGGCCUUGAGGACCAUUGCCACUGAUGAAUGUGAGCUGUGUAUAAAUGUUGCCUGUACGGGCUGCUGAUGAAAUGACUCCAGACACCUACCCCCACAGCCUACCCUGCCCAUACUUAGGUACCAUUGACAUAAUUACCACCCUCCCAGCACAAAUGGAUCCAUAGCAAGACAAUAUGGAUGCAGAGCCGCCAUAUUUGGUCCCCAGGCAGCUGCACCGGAAUAAAAAUGUUACCCGC